UGCACCAUUCAUUCUGAUUUUAGAAUCACGUGUUACCCCAUUGACCGAGCCCCUUGCCCUCGCACCAAAGCUGUACACAUUCAUUAAGACGCAUGACGUCUAAUAUAAGAUCCCAAGAGUGUGUUUGUUGUCACAUUCAAGGAGAGAGAGAUGUGACACGCAGACAUAGAGAGAGAGAGAGAGAGAGAGAGAGAGAGAGAUAGAGCAAGAACACUUAACACAUGUUUUCUUUCUCUCCCUCCAAGCCUCCCCCUCGUAUCUCUGCAGACAAUCCCCAGUGCCGGUAAUUAAGACGAAUGUGCGCCGCGGCUCCUCAGAUAAUGACCGGAGCGCCUGGAUUUCUGCACACAAGGAGAAAGCUGUGGGCCAUGGCACUGACGGUACCCGCAUUGCAUCACGGACACGACACCCAGUACCCCGCUGUCUCCCUCCCACCUCCACUGGAGCCGACGAGGAGCCUGUAGCAUCUUAUUAUAGAGUUAUUUUUUCUCCACAGUCCAAUGCAGUCUCGCUCACAGACGGCCGGCUGCGGUCGCUCUUGUUCUCCAAAGCAAGCCAGCAGAAUUCAGCUCCGCUGCGCGCUGCUCAAACGAGGCGCAAAACCAGUAAUUGCGCGCCGUGUCGACAACUUUGUUGCAGUGCUGUGUGGAUUGCGUAUCAGCAACAGGCCGGUCACCCGGAUAUAUUAAGAUUUCCCUUCAUUAGAGGGACGUGAGAUCACCGGGAUUCAUCCUCUGCGCCGGGAGUCGUCCUGACAUCACCAUUAAGCCUUGCGCUGCAACCUGUAGCUCUUUGCCCCUUUCUCCCAUUCAUUGUUCCGCCAAGGCGCCAUGGAGGGACAAAGCUGACGUUUUUGAAUCCGUAGCCCGGGGAGGAGGGUCAAAAAGAAGAGGAGAAAAGCACACUCAGAGGAAACCAUGUAUGGGCGCUACACCCAGGAGCUGGGGGUGUAUGCCAAAGAGGAAGCAGCCCGCCUACGGGAUGGAGGAGUGCGGGAUGGCGGGGGACUGCGGAGGAACACAAGCGUCCGUAGUCGUGCUGCAGACCUGCUGGAGUACGAGAAAGACCCCUGUGCAAAGUGCCACUUGUGUGCGUCUCGCUGUCAGAAGUUCCUGAUCUCACGGGUGGGAGAGGACUGGAUCUUCCUCAUUCUGCUGGGCCUGCUCAUGGCUCUGGUCAGCUGGGUCAUGGACUACGCCAUCGCAUUCUGCCAAGAAGCACAGAAGUGGAUGUAUGGGGGACUGGACAGUAACUUGCUCCUGCAGUACAUCGCCUGGGUCACCUACCCCGUAGUGCUCAUCACAUUCUCAGCAGGAUUCACACAGAUACUGUCUCCGCAGGCUGUGGGUUCAGGUAUUCCUGAGAUGAAGACAAUACUGAGAGGGGUGGUGCUGAAGGAAUACCUGACUUUUAAGACGUUUGUGGCCAAAGUCAUCGGUCUGACCUGCGCUCUUGGCAGUGGGAUGCCCCUGGGGAAGGAGGGACCAUUCGUUCAUGUCGCCAGCCUGUGUGCUGCUCUCCUCAGCAAAUUCAUGGCUGCUGUCUUCGGAGGGAUUUACAUGGAAGAGCCCUUUGAGGGAAGCAAGAAUGAGCUGAGGAACACAGAGAUGCUGUCGGCUGCCUGUGCUGUGGGUGUUGGCUGCUGCUUCGCUGCUCCUAUCGGAGGAGUGCUGUUCAGUAUCGAGGUAACAUCAACGUUUUUUGCUGUGAGGAACUACUGGAGGGGCUUCUUUGCUGCCACCUUCAGUGCCUUCAUAUUCAGAGUGCUGGCAGUGUGGAACCAGGAGGAAGAGACCAUCACUGCUCUCUUUAAGACACGUUUCCGUCUGGACUUCCCGUUUGACCUUCAGGAGCUGCCUGCAUUCGCCAUCCUCGGGAUUGCCUGUGGUUUUGGUGGGGCACUGUUUGUCUACCUGAACCGGCUGAUCGUGGAGUGCAUGAGGAAACAGAAGACCAUUAACAAGUUCUUGCUAAGAAAUCCAUCUCUUCCUGUCAGGCGUCUGGUGUAUCCGGCUCUCGUCACCUUGCUGGUCUCCACACUCACGUUCCCUCCGGGCUUUGGACAGUUCAUGGCUGGACAGCUGACGCAGCACGAAUCCCUGGUCGCACUUUUUGACAACCGCACAUGGUGCCGACAAGGCGUUGCAGAGGAGUUUGACUACAUCAACCACCACCAUCAUGCCUGGAAACAUCCCCAGGUCAAUGUCUUCAUCACACUCAUCCUCUUCAUCGUCAUGAAGUUCUGGAUGUCCGCCGUAGCCACCACCAUGCCGGUUCCAUGCGGAGCCUUCAUGCCAGUAUUUCUCAUCGGUGCAGCAUUUGGUAGACUUGUAGGAGAAGUUAUGGCAACCAUGUUUCCUGAUGGAAUACAUGCAGAUGGCAGCGUAUACCCCAUAGUUCCUGGUGGAUAUGCUGUUGUAGGUGCUGCAGCAUUGUCUGGGGCAGUCACCCACACUGUAUCCACAGCGGUCAUAGUGUUUGAGUUGACUGGUCAGAUCUCCCACAUUCUGCCUGUGAUGAUUGCUGUGAUCCUGGCCAAUGCCGUGGCCCAGUCGCUCCAACCAUCGCUUUACGACUCCAUCAUACGAAUCAAGAAACUUCCGUAUCUGCCUGAGCUGGGCAUGGGCCAUCACGAGAAGUAUAAUAUCCGUGUGGAGGACAUCAUGGUCAGGGAUGUGCGCUUCAUUACUCUAAGCUCUUCCUAUCGAGACCUGCAGGAGAUGCUUCUGACUGGUCAGCUCAAAACACUGGCCCUGGUUGAAUCUAGAGAGUCCAUGAUCCUGCUGGGCUCCAUAGAGAGGCUGCAGCUCCAGUCUCUACUCUCUCUUCAGCUGGGCCGCCAGAGGAGGCUGGAGUACCUUCACCAGCUGGCCCAAGACAACGGCACCACUGAUCAUCUUCCCAGCCUGACCACUGACAGCACCCCCAGCUCUCCUUGUGCACACACCCACAUAAACGCCAACACUCGCCAAGUGGUCCGCUUCCUGGUGAGCACCCAACAGAUCUCCACAGAGGAGUCUUCCUCCUUCAGCCCAGUCGUUUCCAAUGUUCAGCUUCCUCUGAAAUCUGCUUUGAAAACGGUGUCUGCCAUCAGCGACACAGAGACACCAAAUAGCUCUCAGACCCUCUCCUGUGCAGAGCAAGACAAGGAACUGCUGGAGAGCCCGGUUGGGCCGGCUCCUCCUGAAAAAAGAAAGCCCAAGUCCAAACGUGUGAGGAUCUCCAUGGCGGACUCGGCUGAAGUGGAGGACUGUAUGACUCCAUCAGAGAUAGCAGAGUGGGAGGAGCAGCAGCUCGAUGAACCGGUGGAUUUUAAAAACUGUAAGAUUGAUCCUGCCCCUUUCCAGCUGGUAGAGAGAACAUCUCUUCAUAAGACUCACACCAUCUUCUCUCUGCUGGGGCUGGAUCACGCCUAUGUGACCAGCAUGGGACGCCUGGUCGGAGUGGUCUCUCUGAAAGAGCUGCGCAAGGCCAUUGAGGGCUCAGUGACAGUAACUGGGGUAAAAGUGCGCCCUCCAUUGGCCAGUUUCCGUGACUCUGGUAACACCACAAGUGUAUCCGAGGUAACUGAACUACACAAGCUGUGCCUUCGCCACAGAGGGCUCUCAUUGCCAAGGGAACCAAACCUCCCUGACGUGGAGGAUCAGCCAGAUCUCUCGUAUAAAGAGAUCCCGGUCAACUUCACAGACCAAACGAAUUUGCAGUUUGAAACCAGCCCAGGGGAUGAUACAAAUGAUUCGGCUGAGUUGGUACUCCAGGAAAGCCCCUCAUUCACAGAGGACCAAUCAGAUUUUACUUUUGACUGUAGCCCCUCCCACACCGAGGAAACAGAACUGGCUUGUGACUAUGAACCCCCCAGCCAAACUUCUGAGCCAGAUGAAACAGAGCAACAACAGAGGAGUCCAUCUCCGAACAACAAGGACCAAUUAGAACUUGAGGGAGAGGGGAGCCCUACCAUCUCUGGGGAUCAAUCAGAGUCAUCAGAGGCGAUCCGUACUCUCGCUCCAUGAAUGUUUACGUUUAUUACUCUUCUAGAGGUCGCUCACAAAAGUCCAGCCUAGAUACCUGUGUUUCUAAUGUUGUUGUGGCAGGAGUGAGUGGGUGAGAGUGAGCAUGAGCUGAUGUAAGAUGUAGUUUCAAACUGUGUAAAUGUGGUGAUGAAGCCGGUGGUAUUCUUAUUUUUAACCUCCCAUGAACUGAAGAUGGGCUUGUCUCUGACUCUUUUUGACUUCCAUGGCUCUUGAAUUCCCAUUAACAACAUAAUUCUAUCAAUGAGAACUCCUUGGACAAACACUCAAGUCUUUUUCACAUAUACAGUAACACAAAGUGCACCUUAAAUAUCUGAGGUUGCUGUCUUUUUAGUGUUGUCAUUUGAUCAAGGGCUGGUGUAAACUAAAGACUGAAGCUUGAAAAUGAAAGAAAAAUUGGGUUUGUGCAGUAAUAGAGAAGUGAUCUUAUCAGACCUUUGUAGCCAGCUGUCCAUUUCUAAGGUUAGCUUCUCAAGGCUACAUCAGCCAAGUCACAUGAUGGACUUUGUGCUGAGGAUAAGGGGACCAUGCACACAUUGACUAAACAAGGACAAGAUGCCUAAUGGAAAUGGCUUCUGUGCUCCAAAUUUCUGCAGAAGCCCCCACAGGACUCCUUUGGAGACAUGGUGGUACAGUAGGUCUUCUACAAGUCCAAAAACACAUGUUGACUAAACCAGCAAACGCCUAUGACCACCCAGUAUAGGAUAAAAAGCUUGUUCACUGCUUCACAGCCAGGAUGGAAACUGCAUUGUUCCUCCUUUAUCUAAGGUUCCACAAUUGACAGUGACUUUUGGUUCACUACCUCGGGAGAAUCUUUACCUGGGAGGCUGAGUAGUGUUAUACGUUGAUUAUUAUUAUUUUAUCUUUGAAGCACAUCCUGUCUCAUUUUAAAAAAAUGGGACCUAUAAGCUCGGUCUACUACUCCACAGGCAUCGACUCCAGUCCUCUAUGAAAAACUGAAGAGGUGCGCCAGCAUAGACAGCCCAACAACAUCAAGACCCUCCAGCAUCAGUAGUCACCUUGCCACUAAGGAGCUUCUGGACUACCUCAGUAACCUCUGUCAAGGAUAGGGAUUAGACUCCCCACAGAUCUUAAAACUCUGGGGUUCUGUGUCAAGUGUUUCCAAAAGUUUUCGUCCACUGCUCAUCUGAGUCAGCACUUUUCAUUUUAUUCUGAAAACUGCCUGAGCCAAGCCCUGCUUCCCGCUCCUGAGUUUCUCUCCACAACAUGCAGUCAUAUGAAUUUGACCCAUAUAUUGUUUUUGAGAACUUUAUCUGUGAGGCUCAGCGGGGGGGGGGGGGGGAGCGUCCUGAGUAUUCCUACACCUGCACAGCAUCACUAACCCUGGGCUAAUCUGGAGAAGCAGACAGUCCGACCCUGCUCCAGAUAUUUGGUUUCAGAAACAGUUUUCUUUAUUAGUCAUGAGGGCCAACUACUUUUAACAGAUGCAGUUGCUUAAUCACAAGAGUUGGCUUUUCAUGCCAUGUUUCCCAUCCAUCUGUCACAUGGCUUAUACUGCACUGGACCCCCUUACUUUUUUUGGGGGGGGGGGGGGUCUGCCCUAUGGGUCAAGACCAAGCCAGCAGAUGUUCACUGUGUGUUCUUUUAACACAGAUCUGGCUCCAGAGGGGUCUCCUGUUUCCAGUUUCCAGGCAGAGUAGUGCACCUUAUACUUUGCUGACUCAUUGGGGGUCUUGUGUACUACUUUUAGUCUGGACCUAUUUAAACCUAGAGAGCAUUCCUAUUUGUUAAAUGACACUACAGCCCAUUUCCCAGGGACAUUCAACUCAUCCUUGGUUAGAAACUUGAGUUUUUACUGGGAUAGAAGAAUUACCUUUCAAAAUCAGUUUAAUUGCAUCUCAGUCAAUUCUGAUUGUGUGAUACAGUUAAAAGCAUGAGAAGGUCUAUCGGUUGACCCUUGCAAUUCAUUAAUGGCAAGAAAUUGAGUCAAAAAGUCUAUGAAGCACUCUUAAAACAUGUAUGUUUUGUUCCAUCUCUUUUUUCCGCAACAUGUUUUCGUACUAUCUGAGGUCCAAACUGCACUAUUUUUAAGUCAAUAAAUCUGACUGGUUGAAAAAAUAUCACAAAUUUGGGUUACAAUUUUCGUAAAGGAGUUGGUGGUUGUUCCUUAGGCUAGACCAGUUGAGAACCACUGUUCUAGUUUCAAUAGAAGAAUCCACAAUAAUGUCCUUAAAUGGAGUCAGUUUAUCACUCAAACUUGUUGGGACCUCUUUUUAGCUGCACAUACAAACUAAUGGGCUAUGUUUAUGGCUAAAACAAAGGAAUAUGUUGAGCAGUAAAAUAAGUUCACCAAACGAUUUUAAUUGGCCAAAUCAUUUUCUCUAACAGCUGAUUUUUUUGUGUGCAAAUUAAUUUUACAAGGGAAAUACUGAAUUGUUGAGACCAAUUCAAGUUGUUGUACUAGAAGUUUUUAUGUAAAAAAGAGUUUUCAUGGAAUUACAAGAUUGUAACAACAACUAGAGAACCAAUGUUCAUUGUAACAAAAAUUAAAACCAGUGCAAUGAUGGACUUAAUGUUCAUGGGAUUUGUUGAAAAUAAGGAAAAAGUAGAAUAUUACCAGCUUCAUCUUUCCAAUGAAAGUGUUUGUGCGUGUGUGCGUAUGCGUGUGCGCGUCACAUAAAGACUUUUUCUUGCCAUGCUUCUCUUGUACGGACUCAUAUUUUGACUCUUCAUGCCAAAACGACAUCCUUUAAAUAUAACUUCAAACAUAAUAAAGAAAGAAACAUGCCACGAAAAAAGCAAUGUAGGGGGAAAGGACAGGAGAAAAUAAUAGAGAAGCAAGCACAGAAGAACAAAGACAGGCACAGUGACGGUAUGAAUUCAACAACUACCUAUCCAACUAACAUUGAAUAUAGCGGUGUUGGUUUAAUGUUUGCUGAUAUGCAAUAAAUAUAGCCUACAGUUAUAAUGCAGUACAUGAAGAUGAUAUACCAAUGUCAUCAUUAGUUGCCCAUAUUCAACUGUUUACAGCACUGCAGUCUUGGUAGAGAUACAUGUAAUAGCAUUUCAUUGUCACUAUUCUUUAUGUCUAUUUCACAAUCAAAUGUUGGUGUUCACGUCAGCCCCCCC